AUGCCGACUGAUCUGGACGGCGACUCCCAAAUGGCCUCAUCCCCCGAAUCUUCUACCGACUCGCCAGCCGGCUCCCGCACGCCUACGAACAAUAAUAGUCUCAAUGACUCCACGCCAGGAUUUGCUGGCGCUUCCGAACUCUCCCCGCCAGGCUCGCAGACACAAAACUUCUCUGAAGCUACGGAGAACAGACCUUCGGAUUUCUCGUCACAGGUUGCUGGACAGCAGCAGCAACAACAGCAGCAGCAGCAUAGGCAACCCGGGGCACGGUGGAUGAACAAACGGGCCGAGGAGGAGUACCAGCGAGCGAUGGAGUAUAUCGUUGAUAAGGACUUUAAUCUGGAUGAGUUCGGUGACCCUUUCGAUGACCGAGACAUGGAGGAGGAGGUAUUCUAG